UGCGUUGCAACUUAGAGAGCAACUCAGCAACACGUAAUUUUUCGUGCGUUGUUUAUUUACAAAAUAAUAGUAAAUAGUGUCUCUAUUUCUGAUGUCUGGAUAAAAAAAGUUAUAAUUAAAAUUGUAAAAUGUCGUGCAAUACGUGUCAGUCAAAAUUUUCGCUUUUUACGAGAGAGAAUGCAUGUCCAAAUUGCGGAUUUUCUUUCUGCAGCAAGUGCCUAAAAUACAAAUGUGAACUUCCCAACGUUGGGAUGAAAAAAGUUUGCGGUCGAUGUUUCAGUAAACAUGAAUCAAAAAAGGAUUUAAAACCGGUUACACCUAAAGAUGAAAAAUCAAUUCUGGAUACUGAGAACCCAAAGAUCCAACCACUUGCUCCCAUCGAUAUCACAAACAAGCUCGAAUCUUUGGAAAAUCCAGCAAAACCUCCAAUUGUAAUGUAUGCACAUGGAGGACACUGGGAAAAAUUAAAACGUGGGUUAGAGCCGGUCGAUCAAGAAAUAGUCGAACGUUUAAGAAAAUUAAAGGGAGAAGAUAGUCAAGUCUCACCUCCAAGUGUGGAAGAUAUAAAAAGAAGAUUAGCUUUGUUGAAAGAUCAAGAUCCUGAUAGAGUUAACAAACCUGUAAAUAUGCAUUACGUUGACACCCGAACUGAUCAAGAGAAAACGGACGAUUUGAUAAAAGAAUAUUUGGAAAGGCUGGAGUUGUCUGGAAGAAAUGAUCCUGUUUCCGAAAUUCAAUCGAGACUUGACCAUUUGAAGGGCUUCGAUCCCUCAAAAUCUUCGUCAAGUAAACAAGAAGACGAGGAUGAGGAAGAUAGAACUAUAACGAAGAAAAUAAUCAAAAAGGCUUUGGCGGAAGCAGCUUUGGAGAGAAAGUACGAUGAUGUCGAUGAAUUAGAAGAAAUGGAGGUGGAAGCAGUCCAGACGAGUACAGACAACGAAGACAACUCUUGUGUUAUGUGUGAUCAAACGGCAGAUUUGGUUAAUUGUAUAGGAUGUCACGGCGAUCUUUACUGCACCAUCUGCUUUGAGGACAAUCACGAUGAUUUUGAACUCGGGAAACACAAAACUGCCCCUUUCAAAUCCACAAAGAGAUCAAAAUCAGACUGAGCAUCCAAACAUACUUUAACUUCACAAGAGCCUCUAAUAACUAUUUAUAUAUUUUGGAUAACUACAUUUAAAAACAAUUUUGUACAUUUUUCUCAGUGGCUUUUAGUUUUUACAGCUUACAGUAAAUAAUUUGUGAUAUUAAUUAGUAUUCUUCGCAAGGACCAAGUAUUUAAAAAUGUAUUCUGCUUUCCUACAAUUGAAUCUAAAGACAAAUGUACAUUUUCUACAGUUUCAGAAGCUUCAAUAAAGGUAAAGAAACCUCA